CUGAGAGGAUGUCAGCUACGGCCCUAGCAGCUGAAGCAGAGGACCUUGAGAAUCACAGCGACCACCUUGUCCGACUUUUAAAUCCAAAUGUGGCGACAAUGAAAGAAGAUGUUCUCUACCAUUUCAAUCUCAGCACUGGCACACAUGAUUUCCCGGCUAUGUUUGGAGAUGUGAAGUUUGUGUGUGUUGGUGGAAGCCCCUCCCGGAUGAACGCCUUCAUCAGGUACGUUGGCGCGCAGCUCGGCCUUGACCAACCGGGUGCAGAGUAUCCCAACAUCUGUGCAGGGACUGACCGCUACGCCAUGUAUAAAGUAGGACCGGUGCUGUCUGUCAGUCACGGUAUGGGCAUUCCUUCCAUCUCCAUCAUGUUGCAUGAGCUCAUCAAGCUGCUGUACCAUGCCAGGUGCUCCGACGUCACUGUCAUCCGCAUUGGUACUUCCGGCGGGAUAGGUCUGGAGCCGGGCUCUGUGGUCAUAACUCGGCAGGCCGUGGACGCCUGCUUCAAGCCGGAGUUUGAGCAGAUGGUCCUGGGGAAGCGGGUGGUCCGCAGCACAGACCUGGACGAGCAGCUGGUGCAGGAACUGAUGCAGUGUUCCGCGGACCUCAGCGAGUUCGCCACGGUGGUGGGAAACACCAUGUGCACCCUGGACUUCUAUGAAGGGCAAGGUCGACUGGACGGUGCUUUCUGCUCCUACACUGACAAGGACAAGCAGGCGUAUCUGCGGGCAGCCUAUGCAGCAGGCAUCCGGAACAUCGAGAUGGAAUCCUCCGUGUUCGCGGCCAUGUGCAGCGCCUGUGGCCUCCGAGCGGCGGUGGUGUGUGUCACCCUCCUGGACCGCCUGGAAGGGGACCAGAUCACCAGUCCUCAUGAGGUGCUGUCUGAGUACCAGCAGCGGCCACAGCGGCUGGUGGGCUACUUCAUCAAGAGGAGCUUGGGCAAGGCCCAGAUCCCAACCGGAGCCUCCUGAGACAAGCUGCCGUUGACGACCUGCCAAUAAAACCCUUGCCAAAGCCUC